UUUAUAUUAUUUCUGCGGCAAGUCAUUUUAGAUGGCAUUUGUGACAGAAUGCCAAUCAUUCGUACGGAAGUUGUUGACGAGUCAGAUGGGUGCGGUAAAAAGUUUUCUAUAGUGAUUGUGUCUGAACAAUUUAAGGGCAAGUCCACUUUAGCAAAUCACAGAGCGGUCCAAAGCGCUCUAAGCAGUUAUAUACCUUCCAUUCAUGCGCUAACAAUAAACACAUACGAUGUGGAAAAGUGGCAAAAGCGCUCGAAGGCGUAA